AUUUAUGUCCUUAAAUGAACUACUCCGUAAUAUUCAGACAUCAAUUUCCAGAAGUGUAUAAUCAAGGAAGCGAUUAAACUCGAUCGAUCACUUUUGCAGUAAUCAAAUUCAGAUUAUCUCCUUCGAUCCUGUUAGGACGAUUGAUCAACGAAAAGAUGGGCCGAAGGAAAGUAGAUACGACACAGUUGUUACAAACCCAGAAAACCCUAAUAAAAGUUUUCAAGCAAAGAAAAGAUGGGAUCUUGAAGAAGGCGUUCGAGCUUUCAACUCUGUGUAAUACCGAAGUUGCUGUAAUAAUCUUCGGACCGAAGAAUGGUGAUCCUCCAUCAAUUUGGCCUAAGGAUUCAGAUAACCUAAUCAACAUACUUAAGAGGUUCGAGAACGAGAAGACGAGUAUCAAGGAACGUCGAAAAAGAGCUACAAAUAUGAACAUCCCCUGUUUUCGCAACAAUAAAGAUGAUGCGGGUGACAAUCCCAUAUGGAAUGACAAAUUUGAUAGUUUCUCAGUACAGGAAUUAGUGGGUUUGCUUUCUUCUUUGGAAACUAAGAUUAAUGUUGUGAAUGCUAAGAUUAAUACAAUGAAAAACAACUCGGUAAUUUUGCCGCUUAAGUUCGAAGAGGUGCAAUCCAGUGGUGUUGGUGCAGGGUUACAGCAAGGGAUGAUGAUGAUUGUUAUGGGUCGUUUUGUACGACGUGAGGUCAACGUUUGA